UCUCGACCCUGAGAAUUCGAACGUUACGCCGCUCCCCUUCGAUCCAGGCAUAUAAACUGGCCCCAACUAGCCGUUGCGCCUUCCCUUUCUUCCAUCUCCGAUCCGCCGACCAAACCCUCGAAAAGCUCCCAAAUCUCCUCCCGAUCUCGCAGCAGCUGCUUCUCUCUCCUUGCUCCUUGGAGACCUCGCCGUCGCCGUAUACUGCCAUCCCAUGGAGAUCGCCGUUCUCGCGCCGCAGCAGGCGAACCCGGCCCAAGCGGCGGGGCCGCAAACUAGGAACGCCGGGGCGAUGGCGGCCAUGCGGAAGCUCGGCGCCGCCAGCGCCGCCGCGGCGAGGAGGAAGACGCUCUGUGACAUCACCAAUCUGAGGCGGCUGCCCUCGGCGGCGGCGGCAGAGGGGCAGCAGGAUGACGGGUCGAAGUGCGCGGGCGCGGACACCGCGCACGCGCAGCUAGUCAAGGAGAAUUCGGAUCUUGUGAGGCUCCUGGAGGAGAGAGACAAGUUCAUACAGUUGACUGGAACCGAGCUGCAGAACCUGCGGCUCUCAAACUGGCAGCUUGCGCAGGCCAAUUCCCAGAUGUUGGCAGAGCUAAAUCUUGGAAAAAAUAGGCUGAAAUCGCUACAGCACGAACUUGCAUGCUCGAGAGCUGCUCUCAAAGUAAAAUCCUCGGAGCUAGAGGAGGCAAAGAAGGCGAUGAAGGGGAGCAGACACCUGCAGCAGAAGGGCCCUAGCGAAAUGGCGCGGCAGUCAACUUCAGACAGAGCCGCCGCCGCUGCCGCACAGCUCAAGGAAGGAGACGCCGAGCCGGGUCCGGAGGUGUCAGGCGCCGCCAGUGCUAGGAAGCUCGCCGGGAAUGCCAGCCGGAAGCGGCUGCUGAGAUCUCGAUCUCUUGGGCCUGCCGAGACGUCGAGGAAGCCAGUGGCGGCGUCCAAGGAACGGGAGAGCGUGCAGAGACGGAAGUCCAUGAGAGCGCCGCAGCCAAGCGGCCGGAGGGAAGAGUUGUUCGAGAUAGAGGAUGUCCAGGUCGCCAUAGGCGGUGGAAAUGACAGGAACGGGACGACGUCGGAGCAGGUGCCGUUGAUGGCGGCGCAGUUCCCGCGCAGGUCGUCGCUGGGGAGGCCGAUACGGCGGGCCACCGAGAUGGUCACCUCCUACAAGGAGAUGCCUGUAAACAUCAAGCUCAGGCGGUCUUAAGUAGCAGUAGAAGCUGGUUGCCGUUCGCAUCCAAGCUAGAUUGCCAUUAUUCUUUGCUGUGUUCAGCCACAGCGUGUGUUUUGGUGUGAAGAUGAUGUACGUUGUACUAAAUCUGUUCCGAUUUCUAGGACGGCUGUAGCUAUUGCAAAACGCCUUACAAAAAGGAAUGGAGUAGUUGUUUGUAUUAUGAUGAGUGAACAAAUGGCACGGAAAUCAGCCAUUCUGCUGAUACUGUUGUUGUGAGCUGCAAAUGUAAUUCUCCAAACAGAUUAUUUGCUUGACAUAUUAAUGGAAAACAGAUUAUUCAAA